CGAACCAAACUGACCAAAAUUAAUCGCUUCGAUUCGAUUAUUCAGUUUUGCUCACCUCUAAUCGAUAAGGGAGAAAACCAGCCACACAAGGAGAAGAGCUCCACACAAACAAACUUGUUUUAGUGACAUUCUUCUUAGUAACCUCAACUAUACUUGAGUUACAGAUCGAUCAUGGCAGCUUAUGGAGCUCUGCUUUCUCUUAUGCAUAUCAUAGAUCGCAUCGAGAAUCAUCCUUCCCCUCCAAUUUCUAUCCACAAACAUCAAGUUCAAUCUCUCACUCAAAAUCUUAACUUCUUCCAAGAAUUUCUUGAGCGCUAUAAUUCCCCUUUUGCCUACAGCAACGAAGCGGAUCCGUUGGAGAUGCGCAUAGCAGAUGCAGCUUAUGCGGCCGAAGAUGCUAUCGAGUCCCAUAUUGUGGACAUGAUUAAGCUGCGGAGAUCCAGCAAAGCUUAUCAUCAACAAAUACAAAUCUACUCUGAAGGAGAAACCAGCACUUCUUCUGGCUCCAACAAUCAAAGGCAGCCGAUGAUGUGGUCCAAUUACUUUGGAUGUCUAAUGAAACCGAUCAAUCAUGGUAGAAAAGUCAACAUCGUUGAUAAUCUGCAUCGAGGUCUGCAGAAAGUGAUUAAAGAAAUGGAUUUGAUCAAGAAAGAUACGAUGGAGAUCACUGCAGAGAAGACUGGAGUCAAAGCUCAGCUGCAGAGAAACGUCUCAAGAUCUUCCAUCAUGGUGGGCUUUGAUGAUGUCUCGCUUGAAAUCAUGGACAAGCUCACCAACGGACAACGCAAUCUCCAAGUCAUCCCUAUUGUGGGGAUGGGCGGGAUUGGAAUUUCUUGAAACCUACCGUUCCCCUGUUGCCGAUGAAGCAGAUCCACUGGAGAUGCGCAUAGCAGAUGCAACUUAUGCUGCUGAAGAUGUUAUUGAGUCCCAUAUUGUGGACAUGAUUAAGCUGCAUCAAUCCACUUCUAUUUAUCGUAUGACAAAAAUCUACUCAGGAGGAAAAGCCAGUACUUCUGUUGGCUCCAACAAACCUCAUCAAGGUCUGCAAAAAGUGAUAAAAAACAUGGCUUUGGUCAAGAAAGAGGCUAUGAAGAUCACUGGAGUUGUAGUGGAAGCUCAGCUGCAGAGAAGCGUCUCAGCGUCUGCUGGUUUCUCAUCAAGAUCUUCCAUCGUGGUGGGCUUUGAUGAUGUCUCGCUUGAAAUCAUGGACAAGCUCACCAACGGACAACGCAAUCUCCAAGUCAUCCCUAUUGUAGGGAUGGGCGGGAUUGGUAAGACCACUCUUGCUAAACAUGUUUAUGCACAACCACUUAUUCAGCAGCAUUUUGAUAUUUGUGCACACGCUACAAUUUCUCAAAAUUUUGACACAAGAGAAAUUCUUUGUGAAUUGCUUUCUCAAGCCAACAAAAGAAGCAAGGAAGAAUUGAGUAAUAUGAGUGAAGCUGAACUAGGAUUAGCACUCCACAAAUAUCUAUUCAGGAGAAGGUUCCUAAUUGUGAUGGAUGAUAUGUGGAGUGUUGAUGCAUGGGAUGAGAUACAACGUUUCUUUCCUAAUAAUGGAAAUGGAAGUCGUGUAGUGGUGACGACUAGGCAAUCAAAAUUGAGUUCUCAAUUGAACAACAAUUAUUGCCUUCCAAUGAAAUUUCUAGAUGAGGUUAGUUGUUGGGAUUUGUUCUCCAAAUCUGUGUUUGGGGAGGAAACUUGUCCACUUGAAUUGGAGGAAACUGGAAAGAAAAUUGUAGAGAAUUGCAGAGGGCUCCCUUUAGCAAUUGUUGUGGUGGGAGGCCUUUUGAAAAAAAUGGAACAGACUAAAGGGUGUUGGGAAUCAAUAAGAAAAAAUUCAAGUUCAGUAGUGAAUUCGGCGGAUGAAGAAUUCUGCUUGAAAAUUCUGAAAAUAAGCUACAAUCAUUUGCCAGUAUAUCUGAAGCCGUGUUUUCUAUACAUGGGAGUGUUCGAGGAAGGCCGUGCAGUUCGUGUCUCAACACUCGUCAAGUUAUUGGUUUCUGAAGGAUUUCUAAAACCAAUAACUGACAAAAGCUUGGAAACAACUGCAAAAGAGUACUUAAACGAGUUAGUUGACAGAAAUCUCAUUCUAGUUCAUGAGUUAGGGUCUACUGGAAACAUAAAGUUCUGCAAACUUCAUGAUCUAUUGAGAGACCUUUGUUGCAGAGAAGCUGGGAAACAGGGGUUUUAUAAUGUGAUAGGGCAACAUAAGUUUCAGGGCCUAAAUAGGCAACGUUGUGUUGUUAUUCCUGGAGGCAUUUCAAAAGAGGAGGUUCAUGAUGCCUUGCGAUCUAUGCCGCUUGCUCGUUCUUUUGUAUUUCAUAGUGAGGAAGUUGUUCCGUUGCCCGAUUCCGAACUGCUGAGGACAUUGAAAGCAUAUGAUAGAGAUAGAUCUGGAAGCCACCAUUAUUUGUUAGAUGACUUGUUUGAGUUUGUGAACUCGCGGUAUCUUGCUGUUGGAGUUCAUGGAGUGUCUAAAAUCCCUUAUUCAGUAAACUUUCUCUGGAAUCUACAUACACUUAUUAUUUUCCAUUCUACAUGGGUUGAUGCACCAUAUGUUUGGGGAAUGCCUCAACUUAGGCAUCUUGAGUUCCAUAAAGGAGAUUUGUAUCUACAUGAUCCCACUAAUGGAAACACUGUCAUCAUGAUCAAACUACAAACACUCAAACGUGUAAAUCUUUCAGUGUGUAGUAGGGAUACCUUGACUUCGUUAAUCCCCAAUAUAAAGAAAUUGGAAGUAACAGGUGGAUACCUUCCAAAUCUUUCCUCUAUGAAAAAACUAGAGUCCUACCGUUAUUGGGGUUAUUAUGCUAUGUUAGUAUUUACCUUCCCUUACUCUCUCAAGAAGUUGAGUUUGGGAUCAGACACCUCCCAUUGGGAAGUGAAUGAAGAGAUGCUAGAAAAGAUAGGUGCAUUACCUCUUCUUCAGAAGCUUAAAUUGGAAAGAGCUGAAUUCCAAGAAGGAAUGUGGCAAACAAGAGAAGAAGAGUUCCCCAGCCUCAAAUUCUUGGAGCUGAAAUGGUGCCUUUUGAAAUCCUGGAUGACAGAGAGCUCCCACUUUCCACUCCUUGAGAAACUUCAUCUUUAUGGAUUAAGACAGUUGGAAGAGAUCCCUUGUGAAAUUGGUGAAAUAUCAACGCUGCAAUCAAUUCACUUGGAGUACUGUAGCGAAUCAGUGGUGGAGUCCGCAAAGGCAAUAGCAGAGGAGCAGGAGGAAUUACAAUUUCGAGUUGUGCUCCUCAAAACCAACCAGAACCUACCACUACGGAGCCUUGCAAGCCCCAACUUUCUAGUUGAGAUCGACGAUUUCUAGUAUGAAACCUUGAGGUAAUGAGGUGUUACAUUGCUAUUUAUGGUACGUACUUUUUUAUUUCUAAAUUUCGAUGUAAUUGGUAGUUAUAAGGUCUCUUGAUAAGAAUGGUUGCCAUUAGUUAUGUGUGUAAAGUCAGUCACUAUCUCGCUACUCAUUAGUUAUAAGUUGCACUUGCACAUACCUGUGAAUAAUCAUUAUGGAACGUCAUAAUAAAUACAGCAGUAUAUCUGCAACUGUUAUGAAA